GGUGGCAAUGUGCUACACAGUUUGAAAAUGCAGGUCGUGUCAUGCUUUGAAAAAAAUCAUUUUAUACACGAUUUUGGUGGAAAAUGUCGGACCCUAAACGUGCUACUCUUAUAACAGUGGGUGCUCCUAAAAGUGCAAAGAAUAAUGUGAACAAAACAGUGAGAUUAACUAUAAAUUUGGAUGAAAGCAACGAAAGUAAAUAUCCGGAGCUGAAUUACAAGGAACUAGUCAUUGCAGAAGAGAGAAAGAAGAAAGUGGAUAGAGAAAAUGGCAAGACCACAGCUGGGCUGGAUCCGUUCUCAGAGAACAAUGAUGAUGUGGUCCGCGUCGCUAGGCAGUUUGAGCAGAAAUAUGGCGGUAAAAGUACAUAUGGCCGUAAGGGCAGGUCAAAGCAUGAUGAUUUCGCGGACAUCGGAGCUGGCUACGAUGAAAACGAUUCCUUUAUCGACAAUACGCAUGGGUACGAUGAGAUGAUCCCGCCGGAGUGCGACACUCUACACGGCGGGUUCUACAUCAACUGUGGCUCGCUGGAGUUCAAGAGUGUGGCCGACCAAGCUGCGAUAUCGGAUGCUGAGCCUGGAAGCAGUCGAAGGAAUAAGAGGCGUAUAUCAUCAAGCAGCAGUGAGGACGAUUCGUCAGACAGAAGUUCUUCAGAGUCCAGUCAUGAUGAGAAGGAUCCCAAGGCGAUAGCUAACGGCGAUGUAGACUCGCAUAAGACUGAACAUCGGAAGAAGAAAAACAAAAAGAUUGAUAAGAAGACGGCUAAGAAAGUGCGGCGCACUGACUCAUCGGCCGCUACGUCUGGCAAGCAGACUUCUGAUGAUAAUGGUCACGGCGACGGUGAGAGCGCAGACUCCCACACGUCGCAGUCAGACUCACUCACGUCCAAACCUACUCCCAGCUCCGAGAAUGCUGCCACUUCAGAUAGCUCAAGAGACACAGAGACCAAACUGGAGGUGAAGUGGCCGCCGGCGGUCGUGGCCGCGCUGGACGCGCUCGACGCCUUCGUGGCGCGACACCUCGCGCUCUACCCUACCACGCCGCGGAAACAACUCCUCGCGCACACCGACGAGUAUAUUGUUAGACUGGAGCAAGUCCUCCGCGGCUCGGGCUGCGAGGCGCGCGUGGUCCGCGCGGGCUGGGCGCGCGCCGCGCGGACCCUCGCCACGACGCGCGCCAAGCUACUGCAGCGGGUCAAGGCUCGGGCGGAACAGGCUACACAGAACUCAACAAUUGCUCAAGCAACCGCAUCAACGAACACUGCCAACUCGACCGCCCUGCCUUCAUCCACAGUAACAAACCACAAUAGCAAGAGGAAAGCUGAUGAUGAUCUCGUUGACUUCGAUCCAGACAACCUGACUGAUGAGGAACGAGAGGCUUUACUUGUUGAGACUUUGUACAGAUUGAAAGUGCUCAUUGAUGAGAAGAAGCCAGCGAUGAUAGCUAAUUACAAUGCAGAAUGUGAGAGAGUACAAGAAGAAAGGAAAAAGAUCCAGAUAGCGUCAGCGGCGGAGGGCGUGCCGGUGGUGGAGAAGCGUCUCCCGAAGCGUCGGUUCCCGUGGUGCGGCCGCAGCCGCGCGCUGGUGUCGCGCGCCGCCCGCCUGGCCGCCGCCCGCGCGCCGCGCCUGCUGCUGCAGCGCGUGCUGCCGCUGUUCCCGCAGGGGUUCGUGCGGAUGCCCACGCUGCUGCGGCAGGCCGAUAUCAGCAAACAACUAAAAGCCACAGACACCAAGCGGCCGCGGCUAGGCUCCACCUCCCAGCCGGCCGCCCCCAGCCAACGUACAGAGCCCCCAGCGCCGCGGCCGGAGCCGGCCCCCGCGGCGGCGCCCGCCCCCGCAUCCUUCACGGAGCCCAUCCACUUCCCCAGCUCGCUCACCGUCACCACUACCACCACCAAACAGUCUCCAGACAAAACUGACGUUCCCGUCGCUUCUGAAGACAAAGCCCCCUACAAGACAAAUUCUUUGGUCUUUGGCUCGAUAAUGAACUCUAUCUCUCUCAGCAAAGACCUCAUUGUAGAUAAAAAAGACAAUGAAAAGAAAGAUGAACUAUACAUUCCCCCCAACAAUAUAGGCAGCAUAACUAUAACACCUGUACCUAGUAAUCCCCCUAAACCUGAGAAAAAGCUCAUGAAUAACAAUGUGCAAGCAUCAACAGCGGAUAAGUCAGGUUUAAUUAGGGUUAAAUCACCAGCAGCAUUGAAUGAAAUGGUGAAAAAAGAUAAAGUUAAGAAGCCAGAAAAGAGUCAAGUUAAAGAAAAAAGAGUAGAUUCGCCGUUACAUGUAGAUACGAGUUACCAGCCGAGUAAAAAGGACCCAAGUCCGAAACAUAAAGAAGAAAUACCACAGAAGCAGAUAGAGAGUAUGCGAGUGAGUGAGAACAACAUCCCGAGGCCGGCGCUAGUGCCGGUGCACCACUCGCCGACGUUCGCGAAGCCCGACAAGCGGCCGCCCGACGUGAAGCGGAAGAAAGACGUCGUCAUCAUCUCGGACCUGGACCCGCUGAGUGAACAGGAACCCCUCGCCGUGGACGACAGUAGCAGCGACGUGGAGCUAGUGGAGGACAAUAGGACUGACAAAAGUGAAAGUAAACGUGAUAAAAGUGAGACAGUGCCUUCCAAGGACCGCGUGAACUAUGACGCUAACAAAAAAGUGAAUAAUGUGAAGUGUAAGAAAGAUAAGGAAGUGCAUAAGAGUAGUGAGAGUGAGGAACCUACCAAUGAUGAUAUUGAUACGCUCAUGAGGAAUCUCAGGGAGAUGGAGCAUUCUCAAGAGCCAACAAAGUUCAACAGUAAUUCUUAUGGAGGUGUGAUAACUAACGCGAAACACGAGAGGUCUUCCAGUCAGCCCGCGUUCCCGCGGGGCGCUGUCUUCGAGGCCCGAGACAGAGACAAGCUUACAGAACGCACUUCUUUGAACAAAAUGGAUGGAUGUAAUGGCAUCACAGGCUGAAAAGCGGAGCUGUAGAAAUCACAAGGAUGUUGUAACAGUUACAUGAAGAAUAGUAUGUAUAUCAACCGAACUAGCCGCUACUGGAUUACUGAAACUGUAAUAUUGACGCGUCUCUACAAGUUGAUAGCUCGUGUUGUACCCAACUUAUAUUCAAACUAGCCUAGGUAUGUCAUAUAAAUGAUACUUCUUAAACCCCAAAUAGACGACUAAAUAGCAUUUACUUACUUUAAAAACUAUUUAAUUUCGAUUCACGAAUUUAGGCUUUUUAAAAAAAAUUAAGAAUAAAGUGAAAUUGGUUAACUAUACUAGUCUAUUCUGUAACGGUACUUCUAAUAAAAAACCGUACAAUUUUGAGUGAAUUUGUCAUAUCACAUAUUGUUGUGAUCGUCUUUUUAAAAUGUUCUCUUUAUUUUAUUGCCAUUAACUGACCCUAUAUUUUUAAUUCUAUUUGACCUCUCAUAAAAAAAAAUAUAACCUUAAACUAUUUUUUGUAUUUUAAAAUGUUAUCCAAAUAAAAUGUCGAUUGAUGUAAUCAGUUUAUUCCAAUUCUAAUUGAUUUAACUUAUUUCGAUCUCUCUUAUCUUUUUUAGAUUCAGACAAAACUGUUUUUCUCUCCAGUGCAAUAAUUUUAGUAUUUUAUGAAACUCGUGAACGAAAAUUAAUACCAAAUAUCAUUUAUAGGACAGAAGUCAGAUGACUAACCUAUGCAGUUUUCUAAAAAUAGACGUUAUUAGCACUGUAAUGUGACGUCAUAACAGUCAAAUUGAGCUCAUCGAGUAAGUUCAACAAAAGAUUGCUAGGAUAAUAAAAUUCCUUCUAGCUGCCGUUAUAUAGCUGCUAUAAACCAGGGUGCUUACUCUUGUGACCAAUUUAAAUAUCAAAGCAAUUUCAAUCGCAUAAAAUCUCAAUAAUUAUUCAAUGUUAACACUAUACAACCGCUAUCGUAGAUGCUGUUAUAAUAGCAUUCAGAGUACGGAAUAUAAAGCCAAACUGAAUACCAUUUAGUUCAUUCAGUAUCCACGCAAUACGGGUA